AUGCCAAAGGAUGUGUCCAUCGAUCCAACGUUACAUGGAUUGCAUGUUAUAACAAGCUACAACGGAAGAUUAGCUUGGCUCUAUUAUAGUGGCUUUAGGGUUUGGGCUCUCAAAGAUCCUGAGAAACAGGAAUGGUCCGAUGGGUGCUAUUCAUUUCCAGAUCCUUCUAGUGUUCCUCGGAUGGAUGGUCCUUAUCAAGACCGUUAUUUAGAACUUGGUGAAGAAAACUACAAGAUGGGUCGCUUACGAAGGAUUAAAGGCAGAGUGCAAUACUAA